UUUUUAGCUGAGUAAUAAACAUAAAAAGCACAGCGCUGAAAUUCAGCCGAGCAAGCUCACUGGAACCAAGACAGUACCCAGGCAUUACGGAGGCAGAGAGCAGGCGAUCAGUUGCCAACGUAACUUCUACCAGCGUGCAUCGUUUAUUUGCAACAUCCGCGGACGAAACUUGGCGAGCGACAAUGAGAGGCUGCCUCUCUCGUUCGAUUGCUUGAGUGUCGCUGUUUUUCGUUUGCCGAUAAUAUUCGCGCCUGAUAAACGUCGACGACACGUGCGGGGGCCGUAGAAAUACGAUGAGCGAUCGUACGAAAGCAAUCGACUUGAAUUGAUCCAGCUGGAAAAAAGAGUUGAUAACAGCCAGCAACAUGAAGCUAAUCGUGGGUUGCUUCGGAAGAAUCUUCGAUGACAUGCGGCAGAGGAAGCUCAUGCCGCUCAAGCUCAUUUUCUUUGUGAAGGCUUCCACGUUGUUCGUACUCUAUCCGUACCUGACCAUCCACAUGCGAGAACUGGGGAUCACCAUCGAGGAAACGGCUAUUAUGAAUUCAAUCACGCCCUUCAUCGCCAUCCUCAUGCCGCCUAUCGCCGGAUUGUUCGCCGAUCGCAUCGGCAAUUUCAAGCUGAUGCUUUCGUUAUUCUCGGCAUUCGGCGGCGCGGCAGCCCUGCUGUUGCUAGUGGUGCCAGUUGCCCGAACGAACGUGCAGUACCCCAGUACCCUCGUGCUCGCGACCGAGGGUUGCAGCGACGAUGGCAACCUCAUUUACGGAGCCUAUCAGAACUACCCUUGCGAUUCGAUUUCGGAUGCAAACGCGAACUUGACGCUCAAGAGUUGCGGCUAUUCAUGUCCACUGGGUGCUCUGAACCAAACUCACGUCGAAGACAUCCUGUCGUCUCGUAGCUACCAGCUCACCGUGUACAACGUGGGAACCGAGUCGAAGGCGACCUACGACUACGCGAUCUCCGAGAGUGACAUGCCUCAAAGGACGGAUGCGCCUCAGGACCCACGGGAGAUUCGCAAGCUGGAAAACAUCGAGGGCUACGAAAUCGUCAUACGGCGCCUUUCCAGCGAGGCUCUGUUCUUCCCUGCGCACAGGCCUGCCCGGCCGUUCGGCUUGGAGUGUGUCGUCGGACGUAACUCGACGGCGUGCGCCUUCGCGCCUGGAUCGGCGGCAACUGGCCGAGGGCAAGCGGUGGCGGUGGCGUUCAACGCGAGCCUCCGAGCUAUCGAGCCCACGGCCCUCGACGAAGCCGAGGAGCGUCGUCGUUACGUAGCCGCGAGCGUCGGAUGCCCUUCGGACGGCGGCGUGCCGACGGAAAGCGCAGGCGUGGAGGUGCACUUGGCCGACGGAGUUGCCGCGCUGCAGCGAUGCAGCAGAAGCUGCGUGUUCACGGCGCCCAGAGAGGACGUCUGCAGCAACGCCAAGUUCGUGGUCGAGCACAACCCCAGGCUGACCUUCUGGACGUACCUGGCUGUCCGCGUGUUCAUAGGUGUGAUCAGCGGCACGACGUUCCCGAUGUUCGAGGGCGCCGUCAUAGCCAUCAUCCGCGAGCACAAGGCCGACUACGGCCUGCAGCGGAUCUACGGCAGCAUCGGCGGCAUGAUAUCCUCGCCGCUGUCCGGCCUGCUCAUCGACUACGCGAGCCGCGGCAAGAGUUACGCCGACCUGAGACCGGCGUUCUACCUGUACUUCGCGCUGAAGCUCUUCACGAGCUUCCUUAUGACGCUGAUCGACCUGCAGUUCAAGGCGCCGAGCUCGAAGGUCGUGAGCGAGGUGCGGACGGUGCUGAGGAACGUCGAGGUGGUGGCACUGCUGAUUGCCACCUCGGUUCUCGGCAUCGCUUGGGGAUACAUCGAGUCGUUCCUCUUCUGGUUCCUGGAAGACCUGGGCGCUUCCAGAUCGCUCAUGGGCAUGACCGUGACGGUCGGCGGCAUCGCCGGUGUUCCAUUGCUGAUACUGUCGGGGCCGAUUAUCGACAAGAUCGGCCACGCCAACGUCAUCUUCGCUGGUUUCGUUUGUUAUGCCAUCAGAUUGCUAGGAUACUCCCUGAUUUACGAUCCACGGCUGUGUCUGAUCUUCGAGGCAUUGGAAUCCAUCACCAAUUCAUUGAUAUCCACCGCGACCGUGACCUACGCCGCAAAAUUGUCAACGACGACGACUGACAGCACGAUUCAAGGUCUUCUCGGAGGACUCCAUCAUGCCGUGGGCAAAGGAGGAGGUAGCUUGAUCGGCGGUUACUUAAUGAAGGCGUUUGGCACGCGACCGACCUACCGGAUCUUCUCGGGCGCGGCGCUGAUCACCGGACUGGUGUACUUCUGCUUCAACUUGUUUUACCUCGAGAAGCGAGCGCAGGCCAAGAGCGUCGAGGAGCAGCCCGCGGAGCCGAAGGGCGAAGUGGUCGAGUGCAGGAAGAAGGAGCCGCCAAUCGAGGGCGAACCGAACGACGUCGAGGCGACGACGAGCAGCGAUCGCAGCGGCUCGGUCAACGCGGCUUUCGACGGCGACGAGGAGGCGCGCGAGCCGAGAAACUGACGAGCGCAGGCUAUAUGUACUCACGGCGGCGCGACGCUCGUCGCUGCGCGCGCGCACGGAUCCGUUUACAAUCGAGCCAGGCUCGCCUGCAGCCUCGCCGCUCGUCUGCUUGCGGUUUACUUCUGCGCUUUGCUCUUAUUUCGCGGGCGAGCGAGCGAUCAAUCAGCUUUGAUUGCGCGCGCGUUACCGGCCGAUCGUAACUGUUCGGAGAUCGCGGAAAACAAUCGCGGUCUAAUUUCAAAUCGAUUCUCGGUUAUCGUUACCGACUACGCCUCCGCGAAUGAGAACUUUCGCGAUAAAGAAAUUCCAUCUGUUGCAAGAUGCAUUUCGUUACUUUGCAAAAUAAAUUUACUUUCAUUUGAAACGCUAUAGACGUCGUCCGACGGAAAAAUAAUUAGUAUUGUUGAAAUUUCGAUAAACGAUACUUUGUUAUUCCCUGACGAUGCGCAAUUCAUAAGAUAUGGUAGUUGCAUCGAAUGGUCGGAAAAUAAUCACGACGAAUUCAUAGUGCUUCGGAAUCCAAACAAGUCGAAAUUUUUGAUGAACAAUGGGACCGCGGAUACAUCGCGCUUCUUUUUCUCAACUUGAGAUUUCAUCCAUGCUGAUUGUGCAUCCUGAAAUGAUAAGAUGGUAAUCGGCGGAUACGAUGUAAAUAUUACGAUCAAUGAUUAUUGUGUAAAUUCCAUUCGUCGUGAAAGGAAUUAGAAAACAAGACGUUUGCGUCAUUAAAAUUUCUAGUUAACUAUUGCUUGGCUUA